AUGGGGGCAGGUCCCACUACUACUCGAGCUGAUGAUAACACUCCUUCUUUGGAUGUUGAUACAAGACACUUCGAAAGUCGGUUGGUCCUGACCCAUCGACUGGACGUCUCGGACGAAGAAUACCGACAGCUACCCAAUAAAUUACCAGUCAAGACGGGGUCUCUGCUGUUACCCACGAAAACCAACGAUUGGUUUUCGGCACAAGAUGUUGCUAGAAUAGAAUUUCUGCUGUUGGAUACCCUCAACCACCACCAAGCCAGCCAAAAUCGGGACCAAAAAACACCGCCGAAAGAGGGAGAAAGAAGUCUGUUGGUCGCGAGAUUAUCGUCUGCAAAAGCGGAACCCCAGAGUUUCCUGAGAUUGCUGUCGUCAUCACAAGAAGACGCCAAUGAUGACGAGGUGGUCCAAGUCCACGUUGAAUUGACCUACAGAAUCCUUGGAGUCUGCCAAGGUGCCGGCUGCGCAGAAGCUCUCCAAGAAGAGCAUCAAGAUGACAUUCUGAUGACUCUGGGGUUUCUAUCCGGUAGUAGUAGUCACCCAGCAGCAGCGCCACGACAGGACGAUCCAGCCACGAAUCACGCAGCAAGACGGUUGCGAGGACAAGGACUGGGCCUAGUAGAAGUGGAAGGACUGGGCCUGGAAGAAGCGGAAAGUUCAAUGACCAGCAACAGUGGAUAUCGGGACUUACAAGAGGCCUUGGUUCGGAGGGCGCAGCUGUUGCUUUCCAGACAACAACACAGCCAUCAUGCUACACCAAAAGGAGGAUCCUGUGAUGGCCAUAGAAAAGAGUCUAGUGCUUGCCUGCAGAAGAAGAAGAGGUCCACAUGGGAUCUUCUACAAGACAUCACAUCCAUCCAACCGUCCAAGAGGAAACACAGAAACCUGCAGAAUGAAGAGGAAGACCUGAUUGAUGUGGUCGAAGUUGUUUGUGAUCCACUGGUACAGCAACUGGAAACAGCUGUUGCCAUAGAUCUGCCGGGAGACUGGAGUGCUUUGAUUCAAAGCAAUAGGACCCUUGCCACCGGUGAUGUCAAUGUUACCAUGACAGCUUCUGCCCUCCUUGAAGGAGCCUUUGUGCGCACAUUCAAUCACAUCAUUUUUCCUCUCUGUGACUGGCCCCAUUUCCGCAAGGUCUGGGGAGCAGAACCCCUCACAACAGCAUUUGAUCCCUUUGGAAAUGUCACCUCAGUGACUUUUGAGGUACUUGCUGAAUGCAGGAAUUGUGGAUAUGGAACUCCUCUGUUCCACUCCUACAAUGAUACAAACACCACUGCUGUGUUGAUACCACUCAGCACCUCAACAGUUCGAACUCGACCAUCAAGCUUGGUCCGUCAAGAGUUUGGAUUGACAAAUGAAGGCUGUCUCUGUCCUAGACCAGAUGACACUACCGAAUUCCGUGCUCCCACCUUCGAUGAAUUUGUGGGAGCUUUCAUGUCGGAAGUUGCCAAGAUCCACCUUCCUCCGGUGGACGACAUGGAGCUACAAGAGGUGCCAUGUACCUCAGAUGUCACCGAGUUUACUACUUAUGUGUACGUUGACUUCCAGAUGAACCGCAGCAGUGAUUUUCUGACACUAUCAGAGCAAGAUCGAAUGGUGUUGGAGAACAGCUUCAAGAAUCUUUACAACCAGCUCUCCUUCCAGUCUUGUGAUCCAUAUUUUCGAAGUGUCUCAGAGGCCCAACUGGAGCUUAACACAAACACUGCCCUUGUUCGGCGGCGGCUGCAGCAACAGUUGGAUCUCAACCUUGCCUUUGUGGGCAACUCAACAAACACUAGCAACUACAACCAAACAACCGCAGUCCCCCCUCACAAGAACCCCAAUCACACAUCAACCCCCCUGUUACGAGCAACAACUGGGUCUAUCUUUGCAGUCACAGGCCAAUGCAGAGGAUGCCCAGUGACCAGCAAAGGGAAUUUCUUGCUGUUUGAUGACACCAUUCGUCGACGAUCACUCCUGUCUGAUGAUAACCACCAGAAUGCUCUCCCCUUGGCUGUACUGGAACGGAAUCUACAGGGUGGCAGUUCUUUGUGUCUCUGCCCUCCGGCAGGACAACGGAUAGAGGACCUUUCAAAGGCUGAUUUUUUGAACUAUUUUGACGAAGAGGUUGCGCAGUUACAGUAUGAUGGUGUGUUGGAAACAGUCACUGGAGUGGAAAAUCUCCAAGAGGGACAAGAUGUGGAUUGUGCAGAGGAGGUCAGGACCUUUACUACUACUGUCUUUGUGGACAUCAGUGUCAAUAUUGAUAAGAUUGGACUGUCAUUGAUGCUAGGCUGGAGGAGCAAGAUGCCACACCAUGGUACAAUGGCAGAAGGCUUCAAGAAAUGCCACUGA